CACGCACAUCGCGCAUGCCCUCCGUCAUAAGGCGACAACGGCCCGCAUCUCGUUCGUCACAUCUCCCCAUCCAACAUGGCUCAGUACCAGCAGCAACAGCAACAGUACGCCCAGGGCCAGUCUCUCGAGCAGGCCACUGCCAACCUCUCCAUCUCCGGCGGUGGUGCGGGCCAGGCCUCCAGCUACUACCAGCAGGGCGGCUCGGCUGCCGCCGCUUCUGCCGGCGGUGGAGCCCAGACCACGACCACCACGACCCAGACUACCACCACCAAGAUCAGCAACAACAGCUCGAGCAGCAGCGCCUCUGCUUCGGCCUCCGCUGGCGGUGUAUCGGCCUCGUCUCAGUAUGCUGGCGGUGUCGGCAAUGUCCAGGUCACUGGCCCUCCUGGCACCCAGUACGCUGUCGUCCAGCAGCCCGCUCAGGCCCAGAGCAGCGGUGGCCUUGGCGUCAUCGGCAGUGUUGCUGCCGGUGGUGCCGCUGCGGCUGGUGUGCUUCUUCUUGGCGAGCUCCUCGGCGGUGGGAAGAAGGACGACAAGCCUCCCCGUCCCCACUCUCCCCACUCGCCGCAGGGUGGUGGUGGAUACGGCCAGCAGCAGCAGGUUUACAACGGCAACUACAACCAGAACCAGGGCUGGGGUGCUGGUGCCGGCAUGGGCGGCCAGAUCGGUGGCCAGGCUGGUGGCUACGCUGGCGGUUACGGCGGUGGCCAGGGCGGUGGCGUCGGUGUCGGCGUCGGCGGCCAGGUUGGCGGCAACUUCGGCGCCAACGCUCACCUCGGUGGCCACAGCGCUGGCUUCCAGGUGGGCGGCAAUGCCGGUGGCUCCGUGUCUGGUUACGCCGGUGGUAACGGCCCUCGUCCUCCCCAGCCCGGCUACGGCGGUGGCGGCGUGGGCGUGAACGUCGGCGGCCAGGUUGGCGGAUACGCUGGUGCUGGUGCCGGCGCCGGCUACGGCGGCGGCUAUCCCGGCCCGCAGCAGCCUCCUCGCCCCGUUACUCCAGGCGGCUACGGUGGUGCGGGUGCGAUUGUCGACGUCGGCGCUGGCGGUGCUACCGCGACCGCGAUCGCCACCAGCGGCGGCUACGGCGGUGGUGGCGCCCAGAACGUCACCAACGUGACCAACAUCACCAACGUCACCAACGUGACCGGCGGCGGUGGCGGCGGCGGCGGUGGUGGCUAUGGAAGCAACCAGCAGACUGGCUACGGCGGCAAGACCACGACCACCACCACGACGCAGGUCAACACCGGCUACACCUCUCAAACUGGCGGCGCCUACACCUCUUCGGGCGGUAGCUACGAACUCGCUCGUGGUACCAUCUACUACGGCGGCGGCAGGCAGACCAUUGUCGGCUGGACCCGUGCGACUGGCUACGAGGUCGGUGGCUCGGGCGGCACCUAUGUCGGUGUUGCUUGGGCUGUCGGCACCACCGGCGCGGGUGCCGCGUACAUUGGCGUCCGCCAGGGCGGCGGCGGCGGCGGUGGUGGUGGUGGUGGCGGUGGCUACCGUGGUGGUGGAUCGACCUCGACCUCGGUCAAGGUCAACGUUACCACCACCAACGUGGCCGGUGGCGAAUACAUGGGCGUCAAGAAGGGCGGCGGCAAGGGCGGCGGACGUGGACGUCGACAGGGCCGCGGUUCGGGCUCGGGCUCGGACUCGGGUUCGGGCAGCGACUCGGGCUCGGACAGCGACCGCGGCAAGGGUGGUCGUAAGGGUGGUGGCCGCAAGGGCGGCAACUGUGGCGGCGGUGGUGGUGGUGGCGGUGGCGGCGGUGGUGGUUACAAGGUCACCACCGCAGGUGGCAGCUACGAGUCGGGCGGCUACGCUGUCGCAACUGGUUACAGCGGCGUCGGCGGCUACCAGACUGGAGGUGGCAGCUCGUACCAGGGCGGUGGCUCGUACCAGGGCGGAGGCUCGAGCCAGCAGCAGGGCGGCUCCUCGUCGUACACCACGACCACGACCACCUCGUCGUCGUUCAACGAGUACGAGUCGCACAACUCGAGCAGCAGCUACCGCUACUAG